CAAACGCGAACCACCGACCGUCGUUGAGCAAGGGGGGCUUCAAGGGCUUGCUAGAGGCUACUACUAUGUACAAUGUCGAAUAGCACCUGGCAGCAUGGCUUUCAGCAGUCUCUCCUGUUGCUUUUGCCGCUUCUAAAGAGAGCGUUGCAGAGGUUUGCUUGGGUCGAGCGAGCGUAUAAGCGCGAGAGAACGCAUUUAACGCGAAUUGACUCGUCGUUUGUCAGACUGGACAAGCUGCUGGACGUUCCGCGCGAUAAGACGAUCGGUGCCGCCGGCCAGGGAACCGCUUCCCCGGGAUCGAUAAAUCCGAAACGCGCAAGGAACGCUUCUUCGUCCGAUGACGAGGACCAAACGGAAGAACGCCAGGGGGAUGUACGUCAGGGUGAGGAAGAGGAUGGCGGUAACGUCAACGAUGACGAGGGGAUCCUACCGCGCAGGGUUCCCGAAUGGUUCUCGAACGGUAUCAAAAUGUCAGGACCGGUGACCGAUCUUUAAGACAGAGGAUGCUCGAAAUUCUUUAUUGGAAAAACUCGAAACAUUUGAAGUGGUUUUGAAAAACUGGAUGUAUGUGAUUAGAAACGAAACGGUGAGAUACUUAAUUCUAGGAAGACGUUCGUAUUUCACGAUUUUUCCUCCGGACUACUCUUCAUGUUUCCCAUAUUUUGUAUUUGACAUUGUUUUAUUUAAAAAAGAAUUAAGGUAAUACGUAGCAAUAGAUGGUAUUGCAGGAAGUUUGAAGAGUAUUCGAGAAUAGUUUGAUAUACAUGUAGAGAAAAAUUCGAUAAUAUGAAAUUCAACUUAGAUCGAACUUAUCGAACUUAUCGAACAAUUAGGUGAUGAUUCGUAAAAUGAUCGUUUUCGUAUAUCUUUACAGUCCUUACGUGAAACGUAAGAAAAUUGGGAAUAUCGAAAUUCACGUAGCAUAGAUUUCUGUUACGGUAUUUCUUGAACAGGGUUGUUGCUCUUUCAAUAAUAAUUAAAUAACAUUGUACAUACGAUUAACAUUGAAAAUUAAUUGGAGCUGUUUCAACUCUCUCAUAUUUUAUUGUGUCAUAAACUCCAGUAGAAGUGUACACUAUACUUUAGAGUUCUGUAAGGGUACAGGGAUAAUCUCGUGAUAAAGAAAAUACUAAUUCGCAGCCUCUGAUCUGCGAUGGUCCAUUCGUCUUUUCCUUUUCUCGUUAAUCCGUCUUAUGUACCUGGCCAAUUUCAUCGUUUUUGUUUUUUUAUAGAAAUGUUGUAUGACCGAGGAACAGAGUGGCUUUAUGGUUCGGGCAUUGUGUAACCAUAAUACGACUCAACAUGAAUUUUGUGCCUGAGAUUAGGGUAUGCAGUUACGAUAGGGUUAUCGAUAUUUAUCCGAAAAAAUUUUUAUUUCAUUGAAAAGUUUGCUUUUGUAGCCAGGAGAACAUUCUUUCAAUAUUAAUCAUUAAUCAUGGAUAUUUAAUGAAUAAAAUGAUGUUUAAUCACUCAUAAUGAAUGAAAUAAUCAUAAAAUAAAUCCAGGCAUAAGGAACGAUUUUUUUUGUACAAUUGUGUAAUCGUUCGAUCGUCAAAUCUCCAAGUGCCAUUAAGAUCACGCCGAACGCUCAGGUUGUCAUCAAGCAUCUUUUCUAUGGAAACAAUCUAACGGAAAUAACUUCGCACGAAAAGUGUCCUUUUUACCGAAUGCCCCCGAAUUAAUAAGCUAAGUUAACAAUAGCCCAUAAGGUAGCUUAAACUUCUCCGUGUUACGAAUUAACGAAUUCGCAUAUGUAAGGCAAUUAGCUUAGGGCUUAGACUAUUGGUACGCAGAGAUGUAAUUAGUAUCGAUACAUAUUUUCGAACAAUUAUUUUAACAAAUAUGUAUGUACACCUAUAUUCUUGAAACUUUAAUAAAGCGAACUAUACACGGUAUGUAAA